AUGCUCACGCACCUCGGCGAUCACAGGCUCGACCUCGAGCCCCAAUCGGCCUCCAGCACCUUGGGCUACGACCUAGCGUUGCUAUUCUUGCAAAAGCGAUGUGACUUGGCGUUCUCCGCUAUGACUGCCCCGUUCUCACUAACUCUCCCGCUUAUUAAAGAUCUUGGUGCGAUCCAGGCAUGA